UAUCCAAAGUCAAACAAUUAAGUACCUCAGAAGCUGUUAUGCAAUGGCCAUUCUUUCUUUCAUAGUGAUUCUUGCUUACAUACUUUCUCCUUCUUCUCUUGCCACAGAACUUGAUUCUAUACAUGUUUCCCAGUCCCUCAGUGAUGGCAUGACCUUAGUGUCACAAGGUGGAAAAUUUGAACUUGGUUUCUUCAGCCCUGGUAAUUCGCACAAGCGUUACUUGGGAAUUUGGUACAAGAAAAUUCCAGUUCACACAGUUGUUUGGGUUGCUAAUAGGGCCAACCCCAUCAAUGAUUUCUCAGGAACUUUAACAGUGAAGAGCACGGGCAAUCUUUCACUCACAGAAAAUGGUACUGAAACUACUUUUUGGAGCACAAUCUCUCGAAAACAAGCAAAGAAUCCGGUAUUGGAGCUCUUGGACAGUGGCAAUCUUGUGUUAAGAAAUGAAGGGGAAUCAAAUCCAAAGGCCUAUUUGUGGCAAAGCUUUGAUUAUCCUUCAGAUACAUACUUGCCAUCGAUGAAGUUAGGAAGGGACCUCCAAAACGGUUUUGAUUGGUGCGUAACUUCUUGGAAGAGUCGAAAUGAUCCAUCCCCUGUAGGCUUUUCUCUUGGUUUAGUUCUCAAUGAUUAUCCCGAGUUUUCCAUUAUGAAUGGCACAAAAAACUUAUAUCGGGCUGGACCUUGGAAUGGCCUUUACUUAAGUGGCUACCCGGAUCUAUCCUAUACAUAUAUCUUUGAAACCACUUAUGUCAAAAACAAGGAUGAGAUAUCCUACAGCUCUAACACCAAGAUUGAUUCUAUCCUUGCAAGAGCUGUAAUAAACCAAACAAGUCAAUCUAUUACACAGUAUAUAUGGGAUGACAAUCUUCAGAAUUGGAAAAGUUUUGGAUCAAAGCCAGUUGAUGUGUGUGAUAAAUAUGACCUUUGUGGAGCCUUUAGUUAUUGCAGUGUAACAGAACCACAGCAUGUCUGCCAAUGCUUCAAAGGGUUCAGUCCAAAGUCACCAGAAGCAUGGAACUCAAACAACUCCUCACAAGGAUGCAUUCGCGACAAACCAUUAAGCUGCAAUAAUGUCACAAGCACUGAUGGUUUUGUCAAAUACACAGGCUUGAAAGUCCCGGAUACUCAGCAUACUAAGCUGCAUGAGAAUAUUAAUUUAGAUGAAUGCAGAAAUAUGUGUUUGAAGAACUGCUCUUGCAUGGCUUAUGCCAAUUCAGACAUAAGAGGAGGAGGCAGUGGCUGCGUCAUGUGGUUUGGUGAUCUAAUUGACAUCAAAAUGUUUCAAUCUGGUGGACAGGAUCUGUACAUCCGAAUGCCUGCUUUGGAAUCAGGACUUCAACAUCGGAACAAGAAAAAAGUGAUAAUUACUAGCAUCAUUGGUGCAAUUUGUGCAACAGUUCUACUUUGUGUUUAUGUUAUAUACAGAGUCCAAAGGAACAAUAUUGAAUGGUCAAAAGCAGAAUUGUUUGAAGGAUAUGUAAAUGACACGGAUCUACCCAUGUUUGAUCUACUAAUGGUUACUACUGCCACUGACAACUUCUCCUUGAAUAACAAGAUUGGACAAGGUGGUUUUGGAACUGUAUAUAAGGGGAAAUUAGCAGAUGGGCAAGAAAUUGCUGUCAAGAGACUUUCACACAGUUCUGGCCAAGGAAUGACGGAAUUUCUAACUGAAGUAAAACUUAUUGCAAAGCUUCAGCAUCGAAAUUUAGUAAAACUUCUUGGUUGCUGCACUGGAGGACAAGAAAAGUUGUUAGUUUAUGAAUACAUGGUUAAUGGCAGCCUAGACAACUUCAUUUUUGAUAGAAUGAAAAGCAAGUUGCUGGAGUGGCCUCAACGCUUCCUCAUAAUAUUUGGAGUUGCUAGGGGACUUCUAUAUUUACAUCAUGAUUCAAGAUUGAGAAUUAUCCACAGAGAUCUCAAAUUAAGUAACGUUUUACUUGAUGAUAAGCUAAAUCCUAAAAUAUCAGAUUUUGGAAUUGCUAGAGCUUUUGGAGUUGAUCAGACUCAUGGAAACACAAAUAGAGUUAUUGGGACUUAGUGAGUAUCUAUGUAACUU